AUGGGCCAACAGCAGUCGGAGGAAGCAAAUGCCAAGGCCAUGGAGGAGCUUUCAACUGAGUUGAUGCGCAUGCUGGUCAACAGCGAAGGACCGUUGCGCGAAUGCUGGCGCAGUUUCGGCUUCAAUGUGAAGGAGGGCUGGCGAGAGGAUGGCUUCACGAUCAUUGCAGAGGAAGCCUACGCCGUUGCGUUGGCGCGGCGCUUUCGCCAGGGCGCAAUCUUCCAGUUCCAGCACGUCCCGGGCAAAGCUGCCUUUCAAAGGACCACCGUUCCUGUGCUUUUGCAGAACACGGAUGCAGCCGUACUCGUGGCUAUCUGUGAGAAGCCAGAUGUUGGUGCUUAUGCAGAUCCUCAGUCGUGGGGACAUCACCAAGCCAAUCUGUGA